AUGUGGGGCCCUGGCUGCGCGGCGCUCUGGGUGCUGUUGCUGGCGCAGGUGGGUGUGCAGGUGAGUCCCCGACAGCGGGGGCAGGGCCCCCCGUGGCUUGCCUUGCGCAGCCCCCAGUCUCACCGAGGUGUCGCCGCUGUUUUCCAGCAGGCACCUGCGCGCGCCUUGAGACCCGCUGCGGACUCGCCCGGGAGCCCGAGCGUCCGGCGUCCUCCAGGUCCCGCGGAGUGGCCCGCCUGGGAGAAAAAGGGCGAAUAUUACCUGGUGUCUCCCUAUGAGGUUGACCACAAUGGCAACUACGUGUCCCAGGAAAUCACACACCCCCAGAGGAGGAGGAGAGCCCUGGCCCAGCUCGGAGUGGACUCUCUUCACCUUCGGCUGAAAGGCUUCAAGCACGACUUCCACAUGGAGCUGAAAACCUCCAGCAAUCUGGUGGCUCCUGGAUUUCUCAUCCAGACACUGGGAAAGGGAGGCAUUAAAUCAGUACAGGCUUUCCCACCUGAGGAUUUCUGUUUUUACCAAGGCUCCUUACGAUCGCACAAGAAUUCUUCCGUGGCUCUUUCAACCUGCAGAGGUUUGUCAGGCAUGAUAAGAACACAAGAAGCAGAUUACUUCUUAAAGCCACUUCCUUCACACCUAGCAGGGAGGCUCAAUGACUCUGCCGGGGGUGGGCCUCCCUCCCACAUACUGUAUAAGAGAUCCACAGAGCCACCGGCUCAGAGGGGGCGCCAGGUAAUGAUGGUCCAGAGGCAGCAGGAGCUGGAAAAUCACCACCUCUUCUACCAUGAACAUCAAAACCUGCACAGUGGCUCUAACCUCAAGCACCCACAAAAGCAGCAUUUCUGUGGAAGACGCAAGAAAUACAUGCCCAAGCCUCCCAGGGAAGACCUUUUCAUCUUGCCUGACGAGUAUAAGUCUUGCUCACGGCACAAGCGUUCUCUUCUGAAGUCCUAUAGGAAUAAAGAACUGAAUGUGGAAACAUUGGUAGUGGUUGACAAAAAGAUGAUGCAAAACCAUGGCCAUGAAAAUAUCACCACCUACGUACUGACAAUACUCAACAUGGUAUCUGCUUUAUUCAAAGAUGGAACAAUAGGAGGAAACAUCAACAUUGCAAUCGUAGGUCUGAUUCUUCUAGAAGAAGAACAGCCAGGGCUUGUGAUAAGCCAUCACGCGGACCACACCUUAAGUAGCUUCUGCCAGUGGCAGUCUGGAUUGAUGGGGAGAGAUGGAACUCGCCAUGACCACGCCAUCUUACUUACUGGUCUGGACAUAUGCUCCUGGAAGAAUGAGCCCUGUGAUACUUUGGGAUUUGCACCCAUAAGUGGAAUGUGUAGUAAAUAUCGCAGCUGUACAAUUAACGAAGAUACAGGCCUUGGACUGGCUUUCACUAUUGCCCACGAGUCUGGACACAACUUUGGCAUGGUCCAUGAUGGAGAAGGGAACAUGUGCAAAAAGUCUGAGGGCAACAUAAUGUCCCCUACAUUAGCAGGACGCAAUGGGGUCUUCUCCUGGUCACCCUGCAGCCGCCAGUACCUGCACAAAUUUUUAAGCACUGCCCAAGCAACAUGCCUUGCUGACCAGCCAAAGCCUGUGAAAGAAUACAAGUAUCCUGAGAAAUUGCCGGGACAGCUAUACGAUGCAAACACGCAGUGCAAGUGGCAGUUUGGAGAGAAAGCCAAGCUCUGCAUGCUGGAUUUUAAAAAGGAUAUCUGUAAAGCCCUGUGGUGCCAUCGGAUUGGAAGGAAGUGUGAGACUAAAUUUAUGCCAGCAGCAGAAGGCACUGUUUGUGGGCAUGACAUGUGGUGCCGUGGAGGACAGUGUGUGAAAUAUGGUGAAGAAGGCCCCAAGCCUACCCACGGCCAUUGGUCAGACUGGUCUCCCUGGUCACCGUGCUCCAGGACCUGCGGAGGAGGGGUGUCCCACAGAGACCGCCUCUGCACCAAUCCCAAACCAUCGCAUGGCGGGAAGUUUUGUGAGGGCUCCACCCGCACUCUGAAGCUUUGCAACAGUCAGAAAUGUCCCCACGACAGUGUUGACUUCCGUGCCCUGCAGUGUGCGGAAUACAACAGCAAACGGUUCCGAGGGUGGCACUACAAGUGGAAGCCUUACACGCGAGUAGAAGAUCAGGACUUAUGCAAACUCUACUGUAUCGCAGAAGGAUUUGAUUUCUUCUUUUCUUUGUCAAAUAAAGUCAAAGAUGGGACUCCAUGCUCGGAGGAUAGCCGUAAUGUUUGUAUAGAUGGGAUAUGUGAGAGAGUUGGAUGUGACAACAUCCUUGGGUCCAAUGCCAUGGAAGACUCCUGUGGUGUGUGCGAGGGGAAUAACUCAGACUGCAUGACGCACAAAGGCCUCUAUGCCAAGCACCACCGCACCAACCAGUAUUAUCACAUGCUUACCAUUCCUUCUGGAGCCCGGAGUAUUCGCAUCUACGAAAUGAACGUAUCCACCUCCUACAUUGCUGUGCGCAAUGCCCUCGAAACUUACUAUCUGAACGGACACUGGACCGUGGACUGGCCUGGCCGCUACAAGUUUUCAGGCACUGCCUUUGACUACCGACGGUCUUACAGGGAGCCGGAGAGCUUGACCUCUGCGGGGCCAACCAACGAAACACUGAUCGUGGAGCUUCUGCUUCAGGGAAGGAAUCCGGGUGUUGCCUGGGAAUACUCAGUGCCUCGACGGGCAGGCGAGAAGAAGCCCAGCGCCCAGCCCAGCUACACGUGGGCCAUCGUCCGCUCCGAGUGCUCCGUCUCCUGUGGAGGGGGGCAGAUGACCACACGAGAAGGCUGCUACAGAGACCUGAAGUUUCAAGUAAACACAUCAUUCUGCAAUCCCAGCACCCGGCCUGUCACAGGGGUGGUGCCUUGCAGAGUAUCUGCCUGUCCUCCCAGUUGGUCCAUGGGGAACUGGAGUACCUGCAGCAGGACGUGCGGUGGGGGCACCCAGAGCCGAGUGGUUCAGUGCACGCGGCGGGCUCACUACAGAUCAGAGCGGGUCACCACCAGCCUGUGCCCCCAGCCUGUCCCCGCCAGCCGACAGGCCUGCCACCUCCAGAGCUGUCCACCCACUUGGAGUGCGGGGCCCUGGGCAGAGUGCUCUCGAACCUGCGGAAAGGGAUGGAGGAAGAGGUCUGUGGCCUGUAAGAGCACCAACCCCUCAGCCAGGGCACAGCUGCUGCCCGAUGCCCUCUGUAGCUCGGAGCCCAAGCCCAGGACUCACGAAGCCUGUCCGCUUAAGCGUUGUCACAAGCACAAGAAGCUGCAGUGGCUUGUGUCUGCCUGGUCCCAGUGCUCUGCUACCUGUGAAAGGGGAACACAAAAACGAUUCUUGAAAUGUGCAGAGAAGUACAUAUCUGGGAAGUACCGGGAGCUGACCUCAAAGAAGUGCUUGCACUUGCCGCAGCCCGACCUGGAGCUGGAGCGCGCCUGCGCCCUGUUCCCCUGCCCCAAGCACCCCUUGUUUGCUGCCAUGGGCCCCCCUCAGGCCAGCUGGUUUGCCUCACCCUGGUCUCAGUGCACAGCCAGCUGUGGGGGCGGCGUGCAGACCAGGUCCGUGCAGUGCCUGGCAGGGGGCCGGCCGGCCAUAGGCUGCUAUGUUCACCAGAAGCCCGAAGCCUCCCUGGCCUGCAACACUCACUUCUGUCCUAUCGCAGAGAAGAAAGAUGACUUCUGCAGAGACCACCUGCACUGGUGCUCCCUGGUGCCCCAGCACAGGAUGUGCGGCCACCAGUUCUACGGCCAGCAGUGUUGCGAGACUUGCUCCAAAUCCAACCUGUGA